CAACAUAGAGGUAUCCUUCUAUUUUCUCCGCCCCCACUCCCUCUUGAGGUUUCCUUUACCGUUUUUUUGGUGGGAAAAGUAUCCUUCUUUACCGCUCCGUCAAAUACGAACUUGCAUUAAUUCUACGCACACAAUCGUCGAGGGUUGUUAACGAAAACAAAACCGUCUCCUUACCCUAACCCUCUUCUUUUCCUACUUACCUUAACCCUCUCCCUUCCUCCUCUGAAUCUCUUCAAACGAAUCAAACCAGGUAACCAGAUAAGAUAGGACAUGAUAAGCGGAGAAUCGGAGAGCAGCGUCCUUCGUUCUGGUUUGAAACUUCAAACUGUGAUCGUUGGAUUUGGUUCAUCUUCUUCAAAGAGGGAUACGAAUCAGGGUGAAGCGACACCUCUUUCACUCUAUCAUAUCGCUGGAUUAGCCGAAAUUCAGGUAAAGAAACCCAAUCCUAUAGAACUGAAUCCAUAUCUGAAAGACAAUGGAAGUGGUUUCCCAGAAAAAGGAAAUGGGACAAAUAUUGGUAGGGACCAGCUUUUGUCUUCUUCAGUUGUUGGAGAUGGUGGAGCCAGCUGGCGACUGAAAGCCUUGAAGCGUGCAAAAGAGCAAGCAACUAGGGAAGGACGCAAGCUUGAAGAGGUUGUUGAAGAACGCUGGGGAUCUCUUGGGCAACUGGUUGUUUCUGCAGCAUCUCGUGCAUCUGCUCCUUCUCAUGCUCAUUUGGGUGCCAUAAAAGAUAGGAAGAGAGAGGUAGCAAAAAAACAUAAUGUGGCAGAUGAUCAAAGCAAGAAUCCAGAAAAGUUACCUGGAGAGAGCCAAGAGUAUUCAAAGGAUAUUUCUCUCCGGCAUUCUAAGAUGAAAACGCCUAGAGUUCAUGAUUCCUUAUCUUGGAGGAAGAGCAAGAGUCAAAAGAUGUCCACUGAGGGUGUUGGGCUCAUCUCUGUUGCAGCAUCUAGCCUAAAUACUUUUGCAAAUGAUGGAAGCUUUAUUCUCGAAUUUUCUCAUCACCAGAAGAAAGAUGAUGGUUCAAUGGGUUCAUCUCAUGCAAAUUAUGAGAGGGAUAAGUAUACAAAAUCAGUAGUGGUUUCGUCUAAGACCGACAAGCAUAGUGAAGAUAGUCCUGUUGUUACACAAGGAUUGAGUGUGAAUCAAUUAGCAGCCAAGGCGUUGCAGCUUCGUAUGAAAGGAAAGAAUGAAGAAGCCGAGAGACUUAUGAAAGAAGCAGAGAACCUGAAGGGGAAGCAGGAUGGUGGAGAUAGAUUUGUUACCCAGAGAGCUGAUGAAACUUCAAAAAGGUGUUUUUUGAGGGAUGUUUCUUUUCCAAAGAAGACAAAAGAGGAGGAUGCCAAUGCACAUUUGGCUCAAAAAAUAAUGCAGAACAAACAAUUCAGAGUGUCUGUUCAGGCUGAUGAUGAAUAUGAUUUUGAUGAUGGCCCUAGACGUAAGCGAAAACAAAAGAGAGGAGAGGAGCCUAAUCACAAACCAGAUGAGAGUAGAAUUUCAUGUCGCAUCUUGACUCAACAAGAAUGCUGCCAAUUUUGUUUUGAGAACCCAAGGCCAAAACAUCUUCUUGUUUCGGUAGCAAAUUUCACAUACUUGAUGCUACCACCCUGGCAACCUGUUGUGCAAGGUCAUUGCUAUAUUUUACCCAUACUGCAUGAAUCAAGCACAAGAAAUGUUGAUAAUAAUGUGUGGGAGGAAAUUCGCAACUUCAAAAAGUGUCUCAUCAUGAUGUUUGCAAAGCAAGAGAAGGACGUUGUGUUCCUUGAAACUGUUAUGGGAUUGGCGCAGCAACGACGCCAUUGCUUGGUGGAGUGCAUUCCUUUACCGCAAGAUAUGGCGAGGCAGGCUCCACUUUAUUUUAAGAAGGCAAUCGAUGAAGCUGAAGAUGAGUGGAGCCAGCACAAUGCAAAGAAGCUUAUUGACACAAGCAAGAAGGGUUUACGUGGUUCAAUCCCUAAGGAUUUCCCUUACUUCCAUGUUGAGUUUGGUCUAAAUAAGGGGUUUGUUCAUGUGAUCGAUGAUGAAAAACAAUUCCAAAGCAGCCUUGGCCUGAAUGUUAUCAGAGGCAUGCUAGGUCUGCCAGAAGAAGACAUGUACCGUCACCGGAAGUAUGAUUCUGUCGACAUACAAAAUCAAGCAGUCUCAAGCUUUGCCCGAGAAUGGGGGCCUUUUGAUUGGACCAAGCAGCUUGAUUAAAGGUAACUAAAUCCUUUCUUGCGUCCGAUUCUUGCCUACUUGGAGAAUCUUACGCAUUUGAAAAAUGUAAUUCAGAAGAACUUGUACAAAGUAAGGUCUGAUAUUGGGUCUGCUUCUCAGCUAGAUGGCAUGAAACACAUUGACAAUGAGUGGUAUGGAUGGGCUAAUUUGAGAAUUAGCAUUUUUCCGUAUUUGAAUGAUUUUCCUCUUUAGAAGACCAACUGUAAAGUAACUUUUUGGAUAUUACACAGAAGUUUGUUCCAUGUUUUAGAAUAUGAGGCCUGGAAGGUAUUUCUUCUAAUUCAUUGACCACUUAAAGGGAAUGAUACUGUAAAGGAACAUAGAUACUGCAUGUUUCCAUGAUCUAAUGAAUCCGUAGGGGGUUAUGACUUA